CUCUUUAAACUAAAUCCUUAUCUCGCGUGAAUGCGUUUGUGAUUUAUAGGUUGAAAAAGUAAGCCCCGCCCUCGUGGGCAAGCCCCUCGCAGCGAUUAUAUUAACGCCAGCCGGUGCGUUCUGUUCUCCCAUGAGGACUUUUUAACCUAUUGGAAGUGAUAAGUCUCGUUUCUUUCAUACCGCUGACUGAGACUAAACACUUUUCUUCUGAAAGUGUUUUUUUUUUCAAAACAAACAACAGAGUCUUUUAACGAAAAAAAAAAAAACUGCUCAUCUUAAAGGGACAGAGGCACCUGACAAUGAAGUUGGAGGUUUUCUCUGCGAGUCGCAAGCCGCUGAACCUGUGCAAUGACAUGGAUGUGGACAUGGCUUCACCGUUGUCCACCGAGGAGGAAUUGGGCUCUGAUGGAGACUGCUCUGCUAACAGCCCACAACCUAGUGCCCCCAUUUCUGACGGGAAGGCAAAGCCAUAUACGCGUCGACCCAAACCACCAUACUCAUACAUCGCGCUCAUUGCAAUGGCCAUACGCGAUUCCACCACCGGCCGCCUCACACUUGCUGAAAUAAACGACUACUUAAUGAAAAAAUUCAAUUUUUUUCGGGGCAGCUACACCGGCUGGAGAAACUCCGUACGACAUAACCUGUCAUUAAACGACUGUUUUUUAAAAGUGCUACGGGACCCCUCGCGUCCAUGGGGAAAAGACAACUAUUGGAUGUUGAACCCGCACAGCGAGUACACAUUCGCAGACGGUGUUUUCCGCAGGAGGAGAAAGCGCAUCAGUAAGAAGAUCCUGAACCACUCGGAAUGUCAGGGGCGCGCACCUGCGGAUGACAGCCGGCUCCCAGCGCGCGACGAAAGCACUUGUUCUAAAUUUUCCAGCUCUUUCGCCAUAGAAAGCAUCCUCAAUAAACCGUUUAUGCAGAGGCAGCGAAGCACGGAGGGCGCGUGUUUCGGUACCAGGACAAUGUUGUCCGCAGCGCCGCACUUUCUGCCAGUUUUCAUGAGCUAUCCGUCAUCCACCGUGACUCAUGUGCCGCAGACCGGAUUUCAGCUCAGUUCUGAGGUGUCGCAUGCCUUUCCAGUCUACCGGUGUGAUACGACAGACAUUACUAACAUCGGUGGCAUGCCGGACAUUCCGAAUUCCCUUCCGGGUUUGGCACACUCUCACUCUGCUGAACAAGGCUACCCCUUCAGAAUUGACUCUCUGCUGUCGUGAAAUAACAAGGGAACAAGUGAACCUAUCCACUCUUAAAAAUAAAGGUUCCAAAAAGGGGUGUUCCCCAGCAAUGCCAUAGAAGAUCCAUUUUUGGUUCCCCAAACAACCUUUCAGUGAAAGGUUCUCAUAAGAAGCAUUUUGAAUAACCUUUUUCAAAUCUAAUGAACAUUUUCCCAUUAUUACGAACAUUUUGUGCAUUGGGAAGAUUCCAUUCAUUGGGAAGAUUCCACAGACGUUAACGGUUCUAUAUGGAACCGUAUACGUGCUGAUAAAGAACCUUUAUUUAUAAGAAUGUACGGACAGUCACAUGCACUCAAACACACCAAUUAUGUGCACUUUCUUCUUUUAAAUGGUGUGAAAUUAUUUUUGUGUUGUUAUCGUGAUUUACGCGCAUGCGCAAAGAAUGCAUACCUACUGCUGUGCUGCAUGUUUGCUCUUUAGAUGUCUUCAUAGAUGAAUCAAUGUCGCACCAGUGUACAGUGUUUACUGACUCCAUGUUCAUUUCUUGUAAACGAUGGCAUAAUCAUGCCAGCAAUUACCGAAUAUGUUUUUUAAAUGUAGACUGGUUAUUUGUGAAACUGUGUGUUUCCUGUUUUAUUUGCAAUGAUAAGACUAUGCUCAGUCAGGUUGACAAUAUGCCAGUUACCUACAGGUGUAGCCUACAUUUGUCAAUAAAGGAAAAUAUGUGUGAGAACAAAAGCAUUUUCCAUUCUUGUUGCGUAACCGUGUCACUCAACUAAUUCGUCAUUAGACACGUCACUCUUCAACCUGUUCAGUCACAAACUUGUUUAUCUUACUCCGUGUCACGUGCACUCUAAAAAAAAGAUUUUGGCUGCUUGAUCAGUUUACUUAAUUAAUAUAAAUUAGCACAACGCAAUUUUAGAACACUAUGUCACAAUUUAAUUUCAUUCCAUUAUAUCCAUUUAAAUUUGUAAAAUGGAAGUUUACUUAAUCCAUUUGAGUUUGGACUACAUUAAUACAUUCUGUGGAGUUAUUGUAGCAUUGAUUAAACUAGGCAGGGGGUAUUUAUGUUAAUUUUAUUUAUGUUUGCAUGGGACUGGAUGGGAAGAACAAGUGUUGAAAUGAAGUGUUAUUUUAUGCAUUUUUGAGCGAGAUGGGAAUAUAGGUUUUGUUAAUGUUUAAUGUUCUAUAAUAUUGCUAUAUAAAAAGAGUGUCUAAUGUAUAUUAUGCUGGAGUUUUGGGCGUUACCAUUGUGGUGAAUUUGAUUUGAGUGCCGCUAGUUGCUAUUGAAUUGAUGUCCUUACAC